CUUUGUUUUAUUAGCUCUCAUAAAAGACACAGAGUGGGGAGGCUGCUGACUUAUGGAGAGCUGCGGGAGAGAAGAACGAACCAGCUGAGAUUUCUCUUCCACCAUGUCAACCAAUGGGAGCUCAGAGACAGGCUGCAGGUCAGAGUUGAGACCCAGCAAUAACACGUGCAGCCAGAAGGAACUGUCCGUCACCGCCUCCGUUAUCUCCAUGACCAUGGGCAUCUUCUCCAACAGCCUCGCCCUCUUCAUCCUUGUAAAAUCCUACAACCGCAUCCGGAUCAAGUACAAGGCGUCCUUCCUGCUGUUUGCCAGCAGCCUGGUGGUCACAGACCUGCUAGGACAUCUCGUCAACGGCUCCCUGGUGCUUUUUGUCUACAGCUUCCAAAAGCAAUGGGAGACAUUUGACCCUCACCGCAUCGUGUGCAGUAUCUUCGGAGCGUGCAUGGUGUUUUUUGGCCUUAGCCCCUUGUUCCUGGGAAGCGCCAUGGCGGUAGAGCGCUGCAUUGGAGUCACCAGACCUAUCUUUCACUCCACAGCUUUAGACUCUCGUCACAUGAAAAGGCUGCUGGGACUCACGUGGCUGCUCGCUGCCCUGGUGGCUGUGCUGCCGGUGCUGCUGUGGAGGCCCUAUAAGGUUCAGAGCUCCAGGAGCUGGUGCUUCUUCCACAUGGAGGAACCCAAAGACUGGUUGGAUGUGCUCCUGCCUCUGCUUUUCUCCAUGCUGGGGCUGCUGGCCUUGCUGCUCUCCAUUGUGUGCAAUGCACUGACAAGUUGUGCUCUGCUGCAGGCCAGACUGCGCAGUAAACAUCACUGCAGAGGAACGUCCUACCACAUAGAGAUGAUCUGCCAGCUGCUGGCCAUCAUGUUGGUGUCCUGCGUGUGCUGGGGCCCACUGCUGAUCCGUGUCCUCAUGCUGAGCAUUAGAGCCAGCAGAGAGCCUGCCUCCUUCAGUCUCCUGAUGGUGGUCCGUAUGGCCACAUGGAACCAGAUCCUGGACCCCUGGGUCUACAUCCUGCUGAGGAAAGCUGUUCUGAGGAAAAUCUUCACUUUGUUCCAAAGCUGCUGGGGUCCCAAGUUUCAUAGCUUACACCGCUGGCGGCGUAGCGUUCUCCGCAGCUCGAUGGAGACCAGCAACUCAGGCGCCGGCCCGACAAACUGUCGCUACCUCAGUAAAUUACCUCCUCCUGACACUGCGGUCAAAUCCAUCACCUGA